AUGACUGCAAACGAUCUCAUGGUGAAACCAGAUUCCACCAUGAAUGAGGUGGCGAAGCAGAUGAGUUUGAUCCCUUUACCUAAAGUACAAUGUAGUUUACCCAUAGUGAGAAAGUAUCCCAUUGAUGUUCUCGGCACGGCAAAUGUAUCUUACGGGCACAAGUUGCGCGAACGCAAAAGUUGCCGCAUUGUAAAGGACCAUGACUUGGAUAGAUCUAUCUUCGAAGACACAGAAGAGGAAAAGAGAGAGUACAACCAGAUACUUAAAACUCUGGAGUUCAAGAAAGAAACCGAUCGGAAAAUCAACAACAAGAAUCUUCGUCAACGAGUCCAACAAGACAUAUCGGCGUAUGAGGAGAAUCUACAGACGCGUAGGGAGAAAUUACGCGAUCUCGUAUCGAGCGAAGAGGCGAAUCUAAUGAGAGAGAUCAUGGAGAUGGCGCAGCGGAAUGAAUGUGCCCGAUUCGAAGAGAUACUUGCGAGAACAGAAGAGUUGAAGAAACGGCACGAUGAGGAGCACAAAACAAUGGUAGCUGUCAAACAGAUGCAACAAUAUCUAGCCUCAUGUCAAGAUAUUAAGCAAGAAUUCUCCAGAAGAUGCACGAUUGAUGCGAAGCAAUGUAACGUGGCACAGAUGGCGAGCAACGAAGCAAAGAAAUUGGCAGAGAGGGAGCUGGACGCUGUCUGGCACGAGAUAAUGCUGAAGGAGUCUGAAGUGAAGAGACAUAAAGAGACAGAGGAGUCGGAGAGACGAACCUUAGCCCAGCAAGAAACGGUGUCCACUUUAGCCAAGCAAGUGGCAGACAAGUUGGCGCUGGAAGACGAGAAGAAGCGAGUUAAGAGAGACGAACAGGAGCAUCUGAAGCGGCUGCGCGAGGAUAUGCGUCGAGCGGAGUUAAAGAAUCUCGAGAUGGAAAGGCAAAAGCGGGAAAAGUUGAAGAAGGAACUCGAGGAGCAAAUCCUGACGACAAAGAAGUUCAUCGCCAAAUGUGCUCACGAGGAAACCAUGGUGGAUCGCAUAUUCAAAACUUUGGCCGAAGAAGAAUUGGCCAAGGAGAAGGUCCAUGCGAAACGGGAUAUCCUUCGUACAGAAUUAGAUUCCUAUCUUAAGUAUCUAAAAGACUUGAAGCAGGAAAAGGUCAAACGGAAUCUUGAAAUGGAAGCUAUUAUUCGGCAGUCGCACAAGGACAUCGAAGCAAAACGCGAACUCGAAUUGAAGAAAUUCAAGGAAAUUCGCCGGCGUGCCAUGCAGGAAGUUCUUCGCGGUCGGGAGGAACAACUGAUGAUGCGACAGGAAGCAGAGGAGCGGGAACGACAAUUGAAAAUAGAGGAGCGAGAGAUGCUCGAAAGACAGAUCGAGAUGAACGCCAACUUGACUGCGAUGGAACAGAAGGAGAAUAGAGAAAAAGCACUUCGAUACGGAUUGCAACUCAAGGAGCAGCAAAGAUGCGUCGAAACGACGAGACGCCACGAAUUAGAGAAGGAGCGACAAUAUUACCAGGCCGAGAUGAAGAGGCAGGCGGAAGAAAAUCAGAGGCUCACGGACGAGCUGUUGAAUGUUUCCGAGAGAAUGAGUAUUACGCCGCAUCCGUUUAAAGCUCUACUGAAGGAAUCUUUGAAGGAGAAGGAAGGACGUCCUCCAACUUUAACUUCCGCGUAA